GAUCGAAACUAGUUCUCUACAAGGAUACCCCCAUCCUUGAGGAACCGAGUAUCCCAACCACCUUUUUCUUUCCCCUGGAUGAGGUCCCAAUAGAACCAGAAAUCGCUAUAUGUUUGGUGGCCGAAUUCCACAAAAUAUACUGGUUGUUUCUUCUGACUCCCCAGUGCAGUGAGGGAGGCAACAGGUCGCGUAACGCCCAGAAUGUUGGACGUUGCAAUGAAUACAUGGUGAAAGAUG